AUGGUAGAUAAAUGCGCCAAAUGCGGUACAGAGGUGACUGGCACCGUGGUGACUGCCAUGGACAAGAAGUGGCACAACGACUGCUUCGUCUGCACCGGUUGUAAAUGCAAAUUGGCCGGCAAGUCCUUCCAUAACAAGGAUGGCACACCCUACUGCAUUGACUGUCGAAGGGAGAAGUUUGAUCCCACCUGCACGAAGUGUCACAAAAAGAUUGAUCCGACCAUCAAGUAUUCAAUCUACCAGGAGAAACCCUACCACAUGGAUUGCUUCACCUGUGCUCAAUGCAAACAACCUCUUGAUGGCAAGAAAUUUAUCGUGAAGGGUGAUCAACACAUUUGUGCUGACCAUAAGCAGACUUAA